GAACAUAUUUAGGUGGUGAUCUGAGGAAUCUCCUCAGUUGAAUCCAUUUCUCCCCAGAUGUUAUGAAGACGUUUACUUCUCUCCUGGACGUGAUGAUGAAGAUACUUUUAAUAACUUUUCUCCUGUUUCCUGAAACUAUCCUGGGAGAGUAUGGUGUCGUGUGUCCGACUCUGAUCGAGGCAGUAGAAGGUGAUGCUGUUACUCUGCGGGGUUCUCUGAGUCCUCCGGUCAACUUGACUCCUUACACCUUGGAUCUGAAGAGACUUGACCUCUCUGACGAUCUGGUCCACGUCUACCGAGAUGGAGAGGACCAUUUCCCUCCACAGAGUCAUCACUACAGAGGCAGAACAACUCUGAUCCAUGAAGACCUGAUCAGAGGAACCGUGACGCUGCAGAUCUCCUCAGUAAAUCUGUCUGACACCGGACCGUACGAAGUCUACGUCCCAGACCUGAAAGCCCGCUGUGUUUUUUACCUCACUGUUGAAAGAAAAGCAAACAGGUCAAAGAGAAAUGAUUCCAGCACAUCUGGACCUCCAGUGGAAGAAGAGACCGAGUCAGACCAUCGGGGGGAUGGUGAGAACAGGAAGACUGCCCGUGCUGUUAUCCUUCCCUCUGUUCUCCUCCUCGGGAUUCUCCUGGUUCUGGUUCUGAUGAGAGGAAAGAUCAAGAGUUGUAUCGAGAGGCUCAGAGGAAGGAAGGAGCAAGAACCAGAGACAGCAGGGAAUGGAUGUGAAAUGAAAAACCUGAACAUCGAAGCAGCAAAAGGAGAUGAAGACCUGGAGAGAGCUGCAGGAAAUGGUGUCUUACUGUAGGAAACCUCGUCUGAGUUCAAUUUUAUUUAUAGUAUCAAAUCAUAAC